AUGCUAAGGCAGAUCCUUCUCAACUCCACCGACUCCCAAGGCUUCGACCUGGUGCUCAUGGCCCAGUCCUCUACGCACGCCCCCUCCUCCCUGAACGCCUCCCACGGUGGUUCGGUGAGCGUGGCCGCCCUUCUGAGACCCACCACGGGGCGGGGGGGAGGGGGGCUCCGGGAUGGCGAACUCCACAAACCAGACCUGAUUACUUACAUAGUCAUGUGCCUGCUGCUCUUUCUCUUAGUGCUGCUCAUCGUGUUUUUCAUCAACUGCCAGCUCCGGAACUCUUUCUUCGCCUCCAUGCCAUAUGACAGGUCGCUGAGAGAGGCCCGGACGUCCUACAAGUAG